AUGGCAUCAUCAGUUAUCAAACUUAACCCAUCGAGCACAAACAACUUGAAAGUUUUAUACAAUUCUCCACUUGAAAUUAUAAACUCAAUUGCAUCCACCACUCCUACCUCUGUAAAGAGCGCGACAGCGAACUCAAUCAAGGAGUUGAAGAAGCAAGAUGACAUUCAAUCAGCCCAAGUUGACGCUACAAAUUACCCACAUCACGCUGCUAUCGGCGCUCACCUCGCUAACUUCUCUUACUCUCUCAAAUCCGCAAAUGUCAAACAUCCAAUCAACAUUUCCCCCUUACAACAACAACAAUCAUCUUAUAACACCUCUCUCAACUGGCACACGGGUGAGAUUUACGCCUACGCUCAAAACUUAGCAAGGGAACUGAUGGAGAUGCCUCCAAACUAUUGCACCCCUACUUACUUCACUGAGAGAGCAAAGAAGGAAUUUUCUGGGCUGGAUAACAUUGACUUGCAAAUAUUUGAUAAAGAGUGGGCUGAGUCUAUGAAAAUGAACUCGUUCCUUAGCGUCGCUCAAGGUUCCGAUGAACCUUGCAAAUUUCUUCAAAUCAAGUACAAUGGUGCUCCCGACUCAAACGAGAAACCUUUAGCCUUAGUUGGUAAGGGUAUAACUAUGGAUACUGGUGGUAUAUCCCUCAAGGCUGGUGCAUCUAUGGAUCUCAUGAGAGGUGACUGUGGUGGUGCAUGUACUCUCCUCGCUACCACUCAAGCAAUCGCAAAACUCAAGCUGCCAAUAAACGUCAUCUUCGUUGCUCCUCUUACUGAAAACAUGCCAUCCGGUAAAGCUACCAAACCUGGCGAUAUUAUCACUUCAAUGUCAGGAAAGACUAUCAAUGUCUUGAACACAGACGCAGAAGGUAGAUUGGUUUUAGCAGAUGCAUUAUACUAUAUAUCAACUAAGCAUGAUCCACACACCAUUAUUGACUGUGCUACACUCACAGGUGCGAUGGUUAUAGCAUUAGGUGAGGCAUACUCAGGUGUUUUCUCCACUUCAGACGACCUUUGGAACUCCCUCAAUCAAGCUGGCUUAGAUGAAGAUGACAAAAUGUGGAGAAUGCCUUUCGAUGAUUUCUACCUCAAGCAAAUUAACCACACUGCUGCAGAUCUCGCUAACACUGGCGGAAGACCAGGUGGGGCGUGUACGGCUGCCAUCUUUUUGAAGCAAUUUGUUGAAGGCAUUGAAGAUAGUCAAGGCAAAGAGGCUGUGAGGUCGUAUGCACACAUUGAUAUAGCGGGAUCUAUGGAGUGUACCAAACCUGAUGGUCCUAAUGUCAAGGGAAUGUCUGGAAGACCUACAAGAACUAUAAUCGAGUACGCCAGACAAUUGGCAGCCAAGUAA